UUUUCAAUUUUGAAAGUCCACCGACAGUUUCUUAUGAAAAACCUUUGUUCCCCUGAAAUUUAAUUAAACAAACGACACUUAAUUUCAUUCAUAUUACUUUCAAAUCGUUUAUUAAAUGCUUAACUGAUUCUUAUCUCACUGUUUCCGCGACACAGAACGUGACUCGUGACAGCACAUGACUGCAAACAGAAAGUAGACGUGACAAACAUGACACUCUUCUCCGAUUCUGCAACAGAUGUUGCUACUGUUUCAAACUUUAGAGAGGUUGUUGUGACUCAUUAUCAUCUUGAUCUUGAUGUGAAUUUUGACCGAAAAGAAAUUGCAGGAGCUGUGAAAGUCGACUUCAGGUGUUGCAAAGAUUCAGGAGUUGUGCAACUUGACAUCCAUGAAACACUGACUGUGAAAACUGUACAGCUUUCUGAUGGGGACAAGAAAACUGAUUUGCAGUUUGAGAAGAAACCUUUUACAGGAUAUGGCUCAGAGUUACAAGUUAAGUUGAAUACAACCAUGAAGACAGGUGACACCUUUAGUCUAGUGAUAUCUUAUGUAACAGGAGAUGGACCAGGUGUUGUAUGGCUGGACCCAGAACAGACUGCUGGAAAAAUAAAACCCUUUAUGUACACCCCAAGCUUUGCUGUCCUGAAUCGUGCAUUUUUCCCUUGUCAAGACACACCUGCAGUAAAGGCUACCCAUGAUGCAAAUGUUAAGGUACCAGAUGGGUUUACAGCUGUAAUGAGUACCAGUCAAAGAAAAGAGCCUGGUACUGUACCUAACAUGUCUGGAGAAACAGAUAAUGUAUACUUUAACUUGCCAUUUGCCAUUCCAGCUUACCUUGUAGCACUGGCAGUUGGAGAUUUGCAGAGUGCUAAGAUAGGACCUAGAAGUCGUGUAUGGACAGAACCAUGCAUACUUGAAAAAGCAAGAGCUGAAUUUGAUGGUGUUGUUGAAGAUUUUAUACAGACUGGAGAGAAGUUGUUUGGACUGUAUGCAUGGGAGACCUAUGAUAUCUUGGUGAUGCCACCUUCAUUCCCAUUUGGUGGCAUGGAGAACCCAUGUUUGACCUUUGUAACACCAUGUUUACUGGUGGGUGACAAGUCACUGACAGAUGUGGUGAUUCAUGAGAUUUCUCACAGUUGGUUUGGUAAUCUUGUGACCAAUGCUAAUUGGAGUGAAUUCUGGUUGAAUGAGGGUUUCACCAUGUUUGCACAGAGAAGAAUAAUGGAUAAAUUGUUUGGUACUGCAUACACAUGUUUAGAAGCUGAGACUGGCCUAGCAUUACUACGACAACACAUGGAUGAUUCAGGGGAGGAACAUCCACUGAACAGAUUACGAGUAAUCAUAGAACCUGGUGUUGACCCUGAUGACACAUACAAUGAAACACCAUAUGAAAAAGGAUAUUGCUUUGUGUCAUAUCUUCAGCAUCUUGUGGGAGAUGUGGACAAAUUUGACAACUUUCUCAAAUCUUAUGUGAAGAAAUUUCAAUUUAAGAGCUUGGUAGCAGAAGAUACUUUAGAAUUCUUUUUUGAAUCGUUUCCAGAAUUAAAAAGUAAACAAGUAGAUAAAAAAGAAGGAUUUGAGUUUGAUAAAUGGUUAAACACUCCUGGAUGGCCACCAUAUGUUCCAGAUUUAUCUGCUGGUAAGGAAUUGACAAAGCCUGCAGAAGAACUUGCCAACUACUGGGCUGGAGAAACAAAGACAGGAGGUGACACAGAUAUAACUAAAUGGAAGACAUAUCAAGUUCUUCAUUUCUUGGACAAAGUCCUGGAGAAAGCUAGUGUACCUGACAGUUCUAUUAAAAAGAUGGUUGAACAAUACCCAGCCAUUUCACAGACACAUAAUGCUGAGGUACGUCUAAGAUGGUCACAGAUCAACAUAAAGAACAACUACAUACAAGAUAUUCCAAACAUUAGGGCCUUCUUGAUCAGCCAAGGAAAACAGAAAUACACAUUACCUGUAUAUAAAGCUUUAAUGAAGAGUUCUGAUGAGAUGAAGAAAUUUGCCAAGGACGUCUAUGAAGAGACAAAGAGUAUGCUUCACGUUAAUGUCAGAAACUAUUUUGAGGAAAUUCUGCAGAGAUAAAUAUGUAAUUGUACCUGUUUUGUUCCAAAACUGUAUUAGGCAAUAUAAUGCAUUCAAAAAAUAAACUUAUUUUUGGACCAGUUAUCUAAGACUAUUCACAGUAAUAUUGUGACCAAUGAUAAACAAAUGUGAAUAAAUAUUGGUAUAGAUAUUGGUUUGUCUACAAAACUUAGUAAUCUGAAUUUGACCAGACAAGGUCUGAGUAAUUCUUAAUCAGUUUUCUAUUAAAGAUAUAUGUCAA